AUGGUAUUUUUACAGUAUGGUGAUACUGCCUUACACUUAGCUGUUAGUGGUAAACAGCUCGAAAUAGUUCAGUUGUUAUUGAAAAGAACAGAUAUAGAUCAAAACAAAGGAAAUAAGGAUGGGAACACUCCAUUUGACAUAGCUGCAGAAAAAGAAUAUUUCAAAAUAGUAAAACUUUUAUUAGAAAGAACAACUAUAGAUCGAAAAAAAGUAUAUAAGGAUGGGAACACUGUUUUACACAAAGCUGCUAGUAGUGGAGAACUCGAAAUGGUCAAAUUGUUACUCGAAACAUCAAAUAUAGAUCCCAAUCACAAAAAUAAGGAUGGGAACACUCCAUUUGACAUAGCUGCAGAAAAAGAACAUUUCAAAAUAGUAAAACCUUUAUUAGAAAGAACAACUAUAGAUCGAAAAAAAGUAUAUAAGGAUGGGAACACUGUUUUACACAAAGCUGCUAGUAGUGGAGAACUCGAAAUGGUCAAACUGUUACUCGAAACAUCAAAUAUAGAUCCCAAUCAAAAGAAUAAGGUAUGA